AUGGAAAACUACAUUCCCAAGUUGCCACUUAGAAAAUCCUUGAGGCAUAUCACAGAAGACAGACUGAGUCAAAUUGUACAAACUUUCCAUGAUGCAGAUGAAGAGGGCAAAGGAUUUUUGUCUAGUGAGGAUCUCAAAGUGGCAUUUGUGUCCCUUUUUGGGUACAAGCCAUCCAAAAAUGAAGUAGCACAACUCAUGGGCAAAACACAAACUGCGGUUUCCAGAGUCAACACUUUAUCACCUGGUGAUCAACCCCUAGCUACAAAACCAAAGGCCUUUGGGGGUGAAAAAACCUCUGAUCACAACCAUAUGUCUUUGGAACAUUUCACAGAGAUAGCGAAAAAGAAGAUUUUGGCAGAAGAUAACAAUGAUGAAAUUCGUCAGAUGUUUAUUGCAUUUGAUGCCAUGUGCUAUGGUUUUAUCACAUUAGAUAUUGCUAAGAGGAUAUUUCAGCAUGUUGCACCCUUUUUAGACUCUGUUACCAUAGAGAAGCUGUUUCGUGAGGCAGAUAUGGACCAAGAUGGGAGAGUGAGUUACAGAGAUUUUGAAUUCAUCAUGAACUUCGAGCUGGACGAGUGGCUGUAA